AUGGUGUCCAAGCCGAGCUGGUUGCAACGCAAGCAGGAGCCGGGCUCUGCGCCGGUGUACAACUCCACGCGACGCCAGCUGCCCAUGCUGCAUCUGCAGGAUACUUUGCGCAAUAACAUGAUUGCAGUGAUUGGCGAGUUCGUCGGCACCUUUCUCUUCUUGUUCUUCUCGUUUGCCGGUACCCAGGUCGCCAACACCCCCAAGCCGGUCGAUGGCGCGCCGCCCAACACCAUGAACCUGCUGUACUCGUCUCUGUCGUUCGGUUUCUCCCUCAUGGUCAACGUUUGGGCGUUUUAUCGUGUGACUGGUGGACUGUUCAAUCCUGCGGUCACAUUGGCUCUCUGCCUAGUCGGCGGCCUGUCCCCCAUCCGUGGAGUCCUCGUCUUCGCAGCCCAGCUCGUGGCAGGCAUCGCCUCAGCCGGUGUGGUCAGCGCCCUGUUCCCCGGCCCCCUGAACGUCGCAACCCGUCUGGGCGGCGGCGCCUCCAUCUCGCAGGGCCUCUUCAUCGAGGUCUUCCUCACGGCCCAGCUAGUCUUUGUCGUUAUCAUGCUGGCCGUCGUCAAGCACAAGUCGACCUUCCUCGCCCCCGUCGGCAUCGGCCUGGUAUUCUUCGUAACCGAAAUGAUUGGCGACUACUACACGGGCGGCUCGCUCAACCCAGCCCGCUCCCUGGGCCCCGACGUGAUCAACCGCAGCUUCCCGGGCUACCACUGGAUCUACUGGGUGGGCCCGCUGCUGGGCUCGCUGCUGGCCUGCGGCUUCUUCGGCCUGCUGUCGCUCUUCGAGUACCACACCGUCAACCCGGGCCAGGACUUUAACGAGUGGGAGGUCAAAAUGGGAUCCGGCUCGUGGGACUCCAUGCAUCGCCCCUCGGCGCAGUUCUCCGAAUCCACCACCCUCGACCAUCCCCCAUCUCCUGGCGUGCCGCGGCGCAACCCCAACGGCACAAAUGGUACGCAAGCUGAGGCUGAGGCCUCGGCUGCGCCGGCUCAACAGCAUCCGGCGUACAAUGCUUCUGCGCAAAACGAAGUGUAA